AUGGAGGCGCUGGUGCUCAAGUCGCUGGGCAAGCUGCGCAAGGCGUGCACGCGCAGCCACCGCGAGUUACGCGACAUGAUCGACGCGGCGCAGGCCAAGGUUACGUCGGCCAGCGCCGAGGGUACCCUCGAGGUGCCGUUCGAGCCCUUCCUGCUGGCCUGCCUGACCCGCUACGCCAAGCUCGUGGCCGUGGCGCUGGACUGCAUGGAGAAGUUCCUGGCCUUCGGGUUCCUCAAGGAGGCGGGGGUUAUCCCCGAGGGGGUGCGCCGCCGCCUCGUGCAGAAGGCCGCAGCGGCGUCCACCACGUCGGGUCGGCGGUCAGGUUUCGGUCUGGGUCUCGGGUCCGGAGCGUCCUCCAGCUCCGGGUCGGGGUCGAGCGCCGCCCCCUCAUUUGGGAUCAACACGCCCGCCAGUGGUGGUCGGGACGCGGCAGCAACGGAGGACGACGCCAAUGAAGACAGCUACAGACUCAUCGACUGCAUCGUCGAGGUGGCCUGCGACUGCAACGACCACCCGGACGAGGGCGUGCAGAUCCAAGUGCUGCGCGUGCUGCUGACGGCCGUCACGACGCCGACCUGCGAGGUGCACGAGCACGCGCUGCUGAGAGCGGUGCGGGCCUGCUACCACGUGCACCUCGUGAGCAAGAGCGCCACCAACCGGACCGUGGCCAAGGCGACGCUGCAGCAGAUCAUCAGCAUCGUGUUCCAGCGGAUGGAGACGUUCGACCGCCGCGUGGAGGAGGAGACGAGGGCCACGCUGCAGGCGUCGCUGGACAAACAGGAGCAGGAGCAGCAGAGUCAGCAGGAAGGGGAGCAGGAUCAGGACCAGGAUCAAGAACACACGGAAGAGCACCAAGAAAUCAUCGAGAGCGACAGCGACGAGGACCUGAGCAUCCCCACGCUGCGUGCAGAAGCGUUGGCUCCUUGGUACCCGGCGGUGGCGACGGCUCUGCAGCUUCCUCGCUUUGCGGCGCACUCGGAGAAGGCGUCGAUCUCAUCUACGGCGACUAAGAAGGUGAAGGCGGUGGCCACACUGUCGCAGCCGGUGUUUGCGCCGGCGUUCCCGUCUGUGCUGCACAAGGACGCGUUUCUGCUGUUCCGGUCGCUGUGUCGGAUUUCGAUGAGAUCAGUGGCAGACGACUCCCCGACCGCGAACGGCGCUAAUGGAUCUAUGGCUGGAAACGCUGGGAAUGGUGCUAACCCGGAGGACCCUUUUGCGUUCCAGAGCAAGAUUCUAUCGCUGGAGCUGGUGAAGGAGAUUUUAGAGAACGCUGGACCGUCGUUCCGCCGUGGCGAGCGGUUUGUGCACGCAAUUCGGCAGUACCUGUGCCAGUCGCUGCUACAAAACUGCACCAGUAACUAUACACAGAUCGUGUCGCUAUCACUACAGGUCUUCUUGGUGCUUCUGCGCAAUUUCAAGCGUCACUUGAAGACGGAGCUGGAUAUCUUCAUCACGAGUAUCUUCCUGCGCCUGCUGCAGUCCGAGAACGCGAGCUUCGAGCACAAGUUGCUGGUUCUGGAGGCUCUACACGCGAUCUGUGACGACCCGCAGACGCUGGGCGAGAUCUUUAUCAACUACGACUGUGAUUGGAAUACUAACGACUUGUUCAAGCAGAUUGUCCAUGCACUUGCCAAGGCUGCAAAGGGCGGACGCUCCCAAGACGCCGCGGCGCAGCAGUAUGCAGCUAGUCUGUCUACCAGUGCGCGACUCAAGAUGCAGCAGCAAGACGCGGCGCUUGCGCUCAAGGGCCUCGAGUGCCUCACUGCCACGACUGCAUCGCUCAAAAAGGCUGCAAACUUCAUGGAGGCCGAGCGUCAGAGUUCCCAGCAUGAAGGAGAAAGCGAGGCUCACAACAGCGAAGCCGGCGGCGAGGAAGACACUGUGGCCCCACCAGACGUGAUUCAUGUCAAUUCAUCCACCAUGUCGGCGGUUGAAGCCUUCGAGAGCAAGAAGAAGCGACAGGAGGAAUUGGCCACGGGCAUCCUCAAGUUUAAUGUGAAACCCAGCGCCGGUAUCGCGUAUCUCGUUGCCCACGGACACAUGGGCGAAGGUUCGCCCCGUGAUGUGGCGCAGUUCCUGCAAACGUACAACGGUAAGCUGGACAAGACGAUGGUGGGCGACUAUCUUGGAAAUGGCGUGCACUACCAGGGCGGCUUCUGUGUCAAGGUGCUGCACGAAUACGUUGACAUGAUGGACUUCACGGGCUUGGAAAUCGAUGUGGCUAUUCGUCACUUCCUCGCUGGCUUCCGUUUACCCGGUGAAUCGCAGAAAAUUGAUCGUAUGAUGGAGAAGUUUGCUGAAAGGUUUUUCAACUCGUGCCCGCCCGGACUGUUCCCUAGUGCCGACACGGCAUUCAUCCUAGCAUUCUCAAUUAUCAUGCUGCAGACUGACCUGCACAACCCCAGCAUUGCGGAGGAGAAGAAGAUGGACAAGGCUGGAUUUCUGCGCAACAACCGCGGCAUUAACGACGGCAAAGACUUGCCUGAGGAUUACAUGGGCGCUAUCUUCGACCGCAUCAAGGCGACGCCCAUUUCUCUCAAGGAGGACGAUGACUUCCGUAGUCGUCGUGGUGGACCUGCACCAAGUGCUGCGAGCUCACUUUUUGGAUCUUCAGGUGCAGCCACAGACCGGAUGCGCCGUGACGCCUACAUCAAGGAGCGUGAGUCAAUGGUGCGCCAGUCUGAAGCUCUAUUCAAGCGUCGGGUGCCAGCAUCAGCUCGUGCGCAGCAACAGUUCCCUCUCUCCCCGCGUGGCAACCGCUCGAGUGCAUCUGCUGGCUCGAGUGCCGCUCCUUCACAGCGGGGUGGAGAUGGCCCAUCGUCUCUGCUGACGCCGGAUCCUUCGUCGUCUACGUUCCGCGAAGUGUCGGGGUACAAUGAGCGGUCUCAUGUCCGGCCAAUGUUCGAGACGCUGUGGGCGCCGCUCCUUGCUGCGUGCUCGGUAACCUUUGAGAGCUCCGAGUCCGCUGAGGCCAUCCAGCUCUGCUUGGAUUCUUUCCGCCACGCGGUGCACCUCUCAGCCAGACUGAACAUGCCAGCGGAGCGCGAUGCCUUCGUGACGGUGUUGGCCAAGUUUACUGCGCUUCAUACGACAAACUCGCGGUUGAUGCGCUCAAAGAACAUGGAGGCAAUCAAGGCCCUCAUCUCUAUCAGCGUGAAGGAAGGAAACUACCUUGGCGACUCCUGGCACGAUGUCCUGCAGGCCAUUUCACAGUUGGCGCGAAUUCAGACACACGCUCAAGGUCUGCAUGAGCGCUCCGCAGCCGGCUCGGUCUCUGGUGAUUCGUCUUACUUCAACCGGCAGCCAUCGCCUGGUCUUACGAGCCACACUAGCUCGCACAGUAGCAGCGGCAACACCACACCGUCGUUCAGUAUGCUCGGGUCGUCUGCGAGCAGUAAGCGAGGCGGGUUAACGUCAUCGAUGUCGCUCACGUCGCCGUCGCAGUCGCACCGUGACAUUGGCGGCCGAGGCAGCGGAUCUGAGCUGGACGAAGCCCAGAGCGCCGCGAUCGAAGACGAGAAUGCUGCGCGCGUACUCGGAGAGAUUGACCAGCUGGCGAGUGAUCGUGUGUUCUCGAGUUCGGUAUCGCUGAGUGAUCAGGCUCUGCAGGACUUCGUUAUCCAGCUCACUGUGGUGUCGCUGUCGGAGUGCUCAGGCGUUGGACCUUCCGGCGCGGCCGGUGGCUCACCGCCUCGCGUCUUCAGUCUGCAGAAGCUGGUCGAAGUGGCCGACAUGAACAUGCGUACUCGCUCGCGUAUGGUGUGGGCGGCUACGUGGCAGACCCUCACGAGACAUUUCACCACGAUCGGCUGCCACGAAGACCUGACUGUGGGCAUGUACGCUAUCGACUCGUUGCGUCAGCUCAGCAUGAAAUUCCUCGAGCGCGCGGAGCUUCGUGACUUCAACUUCCAGCGUCUGUUUCUGGCGCCGUUUGAGAUCAUCAUGGCGAAUGCCACUUCUCUCGAGACCAGGGAGCUUGUGCUGCGCUGUGUGGAGAACUUGGUGCUUGCUCGUGUGGGCAACAUCCGCUCUGGCUGGAAGACGAUCUGGGGCGUCCUCCGCGUUGCUGCCGAGACGUAUGCGCCUGGUAGCGAGGACCGCGUGGUGCUUUUGGGCUUUCAAGUCGCGCGCGGAGUCUUGGAGCGUCACUUUGACUGCAUCGUGGACGUGUUCGUUGACGCCGUGGAGUGCCUUCUAGCGUUCGCGGUUUGCGGGUGCGAGGAGGUCGAGCGUCAGAUGGAGGAGCGACUCGCGCUCACACAACUGGGCGUGGACAGCAUCGGGCUGCUGCGCAGUGUGUGCAUUGAGAAGCUAGCGACAGGAGAGGUCAUCGAGCCUCUCACUGCGCGUGAGACGGCUGGGUCCAUUUCAGCUGCAACAGCUCCAGCGGCGGCAGCAGCCGCCGCUGCGGCCGCGGCCGCGGCCAAGCAGGCUGCGCGCGUUGGCUUCAAGAAGGUCAAGGUAGUUGCCGAAGAUCCCGCCGCUGAAGCGGCAGAUGGACCUGCCGGGGUGCAGUCUCCAUCUAAGCGGGCUUCGGUGCGCUACCAGAAGCAGGAGUCUGUGCGCUCACUGGAAGAGGAGGUGGCUGAGCUGUCGCCUCGGAGAAAGCUGCUGCCUUCGGCGUCCUCUCCGCUGUCGCCUCGACGGAGAGCAGGAUCGGUCGACGCGCAGGAAGAGGAACACCAAGAGAGUACCGAGGUGGCAUACAACGACUCUGCGGCGCAUACGCGCAUGUGGUGGCCCGUGUUGACAGCUCUAUCUACGCUCGCUGCUGACCGCCGUCUGGAUGUGCGUCUCGCAGCUCUCGAAGCGCUCUUCGAUGCGCUGGAGACUCAUGGAACGAAGUUCUCCUCUGGACUUUGGGGUUUGAUUUUCAAGGGCGUGCUGAUCCCGUUGCUGGAUGAGCUGCGGCAUCUCGAGGUGGUGGUCGAGAAGGGAGCACACACGCUGCCAAAGCUACCGUUGCCGCCAGCGCGCAACCCGUCGACUCGGAUGGCCCCGUACGCUGCUGGCAAGACGACGGCGACGCUGUGCCUCGAGCGGCUAUUGGAGUGCUUCGGACAGUUCUACGACAUCGUUGGCUUCUUGCCGGAGGUUCUCUUCCUGCUGGGUAAGUGCAUGGAUGCAGGGGAUGCGGAGGAGCAGCUCGCGGCCGCAUCCGCUUGCGCGCUUGAGGUCAUGUUGGUCACGCACGGCCACAAGUUCCCGGAAGACGUCUGGGGCCUCAUCGCGGACGAGCUACGCAACGUUAUGAAGCGCGCCGAGCCGACGUGGGUAUUCUUCGCCUUGCCUCCUGAAGACGAAGUCGACAGCACACCCGCCCCUGAGUCUCCGGUGGAAGCAAUAAGCGCCGAAAGUCCUUCGAAGAAGUCGUUGUCGCUGCCUCCCCCACGUUCCCCGACAGCUCAUUCAGCAGCUGCCAUGCUCACUUCGCCGCGCCAGCCUUCAUUCCUCAGUAUGUAUCCCGGUGUUGUGGCGACUCUGGGCUUCACCUUCGCUGCCAGCUUCCCACCGAAGGUGAUCAGUGUCGAAGAGGUGGAGGCCCAACGCGUUCCUUCACGCACGCAUUUGGCCGUGCUGCUGGCAUUGCAGCGAGUAGCAGGCAACGUGCUGGCGAGCCGUCGCAAGGAGCACUUGUCGCUGAGCGUGGGGCACGCUCGCUCGCUGUUGACAUGUCUGCGUGAGAGUUUCCUGUUCGCUCGCAAGGUGAACGAUGCCACGCCGCUACGUCGGUAUCUGCAGCGUGCCGGUUGGCGCUACGGAAUGACGGCGCCAUCUUCCAGCGAGCUGCCGAGUCUGCUGCCGCAGGAAGUGCUGGGCAAGCAGCAGUACCUCCACGUGCUCUUCACGGCGCUCGUCCGCAGAGUCGACAACAGCGAGAUCGCGCCGAUCGGGGAACAGGACGAGGCUCGCAAGUACAUGGCACAGUUGGUGAAGGAGACAUUGGAGGAGUAUCUGGCCUGGACAGGCGCAGCAGCUCGGACGAAUGUCGAAGAGGAUCAGGUGCCUGCUGAUGCGUAUCAGCGCGUUGAGAGCUUCACACCGCUGAUGGUUGCGACGCUGAAGGAGCUCGCAGAGUUCGACAGCGUUGAGGUGAGCGACUGCACAUGCAUGCUUACUGGUGGUGAAUUCUGGUACUAA